UUUUUUGUUUGUGGUGCUGAUGUGAAGAGCACUUUCAUGGCCUCUUUCCUGUGACGGUUCUACUCGUGUCUCUGUCAGAGCAGCUGGCUGUCAUCGUACAAAAUCAAGAUGGUCGUCUUCGCUCUGGCCGUGUUUGUAACGAUGUCAUCGUGUUCGCUCGGCUGCUCGGGGAAUUCAAAGUCUACGGAGCUGAAGCUUUGGAGCGUCGAAAACCAAUCCAUAGCUGUGCAACUGGCUGCUGUAUUUAAGGAGAUGGAGAGUCUGAGGUGUGAACAAACAACACUUCAUCAGCAGCAGCAGCAGCAGCAGAGCGCUCUGACUCAGAUGCACAUGACGAGGGAUCAGAAGAGGAGAGGGCACGACGAAGUGGGAACAAACAUCCUGACUUAUGGUCCAAAUUAUGACGUGAAGGAGGAGGGAGAAGGAGAAGAAGAUGAAGACAGCCUUGAUUCCUUUGAGGGAGACUCCAGGAGAAGUAAGGACCCCUGCUUUCACUACAUGCUCCUGGACCAGGCCUGGAGGGCCACCAACACGACCACCAAUAACAAGAUGUGCGACCGCAACGUCAAUUGGAAAGGCUGGUACCGUCUCUACUACAAGGGCCAGAGUCUGCAGAUGCCCGAGAGGUGUGUCCCUGUGAACAGAUGUGGCACCCACGCCCCCCUGUGGCUGGCCGGGCCUCACCCAAGGAGGAGGGAUGGCAUCGUCACCCGCAGAGUGUGCGCCCACUGGAAUAAGAACUGCUGCGCUUUUGAAUCCACCCCCAUCAACAUCAAGAAGUGUCGCGGAAACUACUACGUCUACCAAUUCACCAAACCGACGGCCUGUUAUCUGGCUUACUGUGCAGAUAUCAACACUCUGGUGUGUGGGCGCUGCAGGAGAGACCAGUCCUGUGUGAGCCGAGAUAAGAUAAACUGGAUGUGUAAGACAAACAGAUGGUCUUCCAGACAGAUCCACUUCUUUGCCUCGUUCCCCGGCCAGCUCAAAGGCAAAGUGAACCGGAUCAAGUACAGUAAGGUUCUGGUGAACGUGGGCCAAGGCUUCAACAGAAGAACCGGGGUGUUCAGGGCUCCGGUUCCCGGCGUCUACCAGUUCUUCUUCUCCACCCAGACCGCAAACGCCGGUCUGAAGACUGACCUGUGGCUGGGCGUCAACGGUUACUGGGUGGCCGUCUCUCACACGAACGUCUCUCGACCCUCGUCUGUCGGCAGUUUGUCCACCUACAUGACCUUCCUCCGCAGGGGGGCUUUAGUCUACGUCACCCACAACUGUGGGCACUCCUGGGCCAAUUCUGUCUCCUCCACCAUCACGUUCGGAGGCUCACUGCUCGCACAAUAUAGAGAGCACAAUGUAAAUGUUAAUAUCCUGACAAAGUAUCCUUGAUCUGUAAUUCAAACAGUUUAAAAAAAACAACAACUCUGCUGUUAAUUUAAUUUUAUAUUUGUAGUCGUAGUGUUAUCUGAAUGGAAGAGUUGUAUAGGCCUACCUGUAAAACACUCUGGAAUGUCUGCUUAGUGCCUGAAUUCAUAAAAAGAUCUGAUUUUAAGCUUACAUGUAAACUUUGAAAUAAAUAAUUACAAUAAA